AUGAUGCACUCAUUGGCAACCCCCGCGCGCCAGCGCACCUCACAAUCCCGCGCACCUCCUAGUGCACAAUCACGAGCUCCUUCAAGCGUGCAAUCAAGAAGAGCUCCCCGGAAUAUCGAUUUCCCUGAACUACCUCCCUACGAAGCCCCAGAAGGCCCCCUCAACGCCGAGGGUCAACGCCAGCUCCUCCAGCUCAUCAAUUCCCGCGAAUACCGCCAGUUAGAGGUCAACUUAAAGCAUGCGACGGAGAAGUUGACCGAGUCCGCUGGUCAAGUUAAUGACCGAAUCCUCGAUGCAAGAAUUCGUUUCGAGAAAACGAAGGAGAAGAAGCGGACGAAGAAAACCGAGGACAACGACGAGGAACAUGACGAAGAAUAUGAUGAGACGGAUGAAACCGAGGAACUUGAGCGAUUGGGUGAUAUGGAGCGCCGGGCGGCUGCAUUGACAGGUCAAAUGGAAGAGAGAAUGCGACAAGUCAUUGAUUCCGAGACGGGGCUACAAACCCUUAAGCAAUGCAUUAGACAGAUUGAGAGGGAAGAAGGAGAGGCCCAGCCUGCUUCCAUGGAACCUCGGCGAACCCGGGGACAAGAAAGGCGACAGCGAGAGGAGGGUGAGAAUGAAGACGGUGAGGAUCACGAGGAUAAGAAUCAGGAGGUGCCGGAAGGGGAAAGGAGGAUCCCAUUGAAUCAGAGACUCAAUGAGGCCCUUCAAGAAGAGACACAAGCAUGGAAUCAGCGAUCCUUGAGUAGCAGAUAUGCCGGUGAUAAUUCUUACAUUGGGUUCUAUCGUGUUGUGCAUGAUGCAAAAUUCCCCAAUGACGAGGCUCCGCCCGUGCCACACUCUUCUACAUGGUUUGCGCAUCUGGAGAAUCCCAAUGCGGCCUCCGCUGGUCAGAUGACCCAGGCACGCGAACCUUCUGCCGAAUCCGACGAUGACAUUGCUAUUGAGCGCGAGCGUAUCUCCCUGAAGUGUCCACUUACUCUGCUUCCCUUCCGCGAUCCUGUGACGAGUAUGAAGUGCCCGCACAGCUUCGAGCGAACUGCGAUCUCAGAUAUGAUAGCCCGCAGUAAUAUGAACGUCCCAACCGAACCGGGUCGUGGUGGUCGACGGGUUCGUGCGGUGAAAUGUCCUGAGUGUAAUACACCUCUGUCGAUGGAUGAUCUACGUUCCGAUCCUGUUCUGUUGCGUCGGGUGCGGCGUGCAGAGGAGUUGGCUGCGCGAGAAGCAGAGGAUCAACUCGAAAGGCAAUCUCAAACACCCAGUCGGCCUAACCAUGUCUCUCUUGCUAGUGAUGCGGCUGGGCCCGAUGAUUCGGACGUUGAUGUAGACAUGGCAGAUUCGACUCCGGCGCCGAGUGCGCGAGUCAAGCCCGAGCCUGUGGAGCGAACGAUUCGCACAGAUAGCGACGAAGAGAUGUCUGAUGAUGAUGAGGAGGAGGAAGAGUAG